GUCGCUUCCUCUCCUCACAACACACCAAAAAAGAAUGAGAAGAUUGCCGCCUCUUUAACAAGAAUUAGACACCAAAGAAAGAGGAAAGGCAAAAGAGGGCAAAGAGAUGCUCUGUUCCGGUGGAAUAGUGAGACCCCCCUCGAAGCCGCUCGUCCCUCGCCAUCCGAGCUGGAGAUUCGCUCCGACGAGUAAGAUCCAGAGGCAGCAGCCGCCGGCGAUCUUGAGGUGGACGCCGAAGGCCUCGGGAGACGCCGAUGCUGCUGUCCCUUCUUCCUCCUCGGUCGACACGGCCGGCCCCGGUGAUUUGGCCGAGAAAAACCCCGCAGGCUUUUGUAUAAUCGAAGGACCUGAAACGGUUCAGGAUUUUGCAAAAAUGGAAUUGCAAGAAAUCCAAGACAACAUCAAAAGUCGUCGAAAUAAGAUCUUUUUGCACAUGGAGGAGGUUCGCAGGCUAAGGAUACAACAGAGAAUAAAAAAUGCUGAACUAGGAAUUUUUAACGAGAAACAAGAAAAUGAACUUCCUGACUUCCCUUCAUUCAUACCCUUUCUGCCUCCCUUGACACCAGCAAAUCUGAAGGUGUACUAUGCUACAUGCUUCACUGUCAUUGGGGGGAUCAUCAUCUUUGGUGGCCUUCUUGCACCAACUCUGGAGCUCAAGUUGGGACUAGGGGGAACAUCUUAUGCAGAUUUUAUACGUAGUAUGCAUUUGCCAAUGCAACUAAGUCAGGUCGAUCCAAUAGUAGCAUCCUUCUCAGGUGGAGCGGUAGGAGUUAUAUCAGCUUUAAUGAUUGUUGAGAUCAACAAUGUCCAACAACAGGAGCAAAAGCGUUGCAGAUACUGUUUAGGCACUGGUUAUCUCGCAUGUGCUCGCUGUUCAAGCACAGGAGCUCUUGUUUUAAUUCAGCCUGUCGCCACAGUCAAUGAUGGUGAUCAGCCUUUAUCGCCGCCUCGAACAGAGAGGUGCUCGAAUUGUUCAGGUUCAGGGAAGGUUAUGUGUCCGACGUGUCUCUGCACAGGGAUGGCUAUGGCCAGUGAGCAUGACCCACGGAUCGAUCCAUUCGAUUAGAUCAUGCAGGUCUCUUGUCAGUUCGGAUUUCUGUGCAUGGUUUCAGUUAGCAGUUUCUAAAUUCACCAGCGGAUUGGUUGGGCCGGCUGUAUGUUUCUUCUUUGAAGCAUUCCUCCUACAUGACACUCGCAGUCCAUAUGUAAUGUAUAUACAGGCAAAAAAGAGAAGCUUCGUUGAGAAAGAAUGGGGAAGCUAACCGAGGUCCCUCCCUGAAUGCUGAAUUCCGUGAUUAUAUUACGUUGCAGAUGGGUAAAACAUUAGAGUCUUGUUUAAAGUGCGUAAGAUGAUGACCAAUGAUAUACAGAAUAAUGCUGAUGAUGCCUGACGUGUCUUGCAGUUGGACUGCGUGAAAAGACGUGCUUGUCAUAUAAUAAUAAUUGGUUCUAAAGGACAUUAUAUA